GCCUUCAACAAAAGGGUUAGUAGGGAGGGAGAAAUGGCCAGAAGGUUGCUGCCAGCCCAGGUUCAGGAGACUGUGACAUUCAGAGAUGUGGCCGUGUUCUUCAGUCAGGACGAAUGGUUGUGCCUGGACUCUGCCCAGAGAACCUUGUACCGGAAGGUGAUGCUGGAGAACUACAGCAACCUGGUCUCAGUAGGGAUUCUGUUUUCCAAGCCAAAGGUCAUCUCUCAGUUAGAGCAAGGGGAAGACCCCUGGAUGGUGGAAAAUAGAGUUCCUCAAGGUGCAUAUGUAGGAUGGGAGAGCUUAUUUGAAACCAGAGUUUCCAAAGAAGAAAAUCAAGAAGACAUGAAAAAACUUAUAGCCGAUGGCCCUUUUGACUUCAGGUUGGGAAAAACCUACAUAAAUGUGAACAAGUUAGAGAAGCAACAAGGCAAAAAGAACAAACUUGUCAGGAAAGUGUUAAUUACCAUGAAAAAAACCUCUGUGAAGGAGAAGAUCUUUAAAGGCAUUGAACUUGGGAAGAAUCUUGGUCUAUCAUCGCUUAUUAGAAAACCCCGAAUUGUUUCCAGAGGAAGGAAACCUCGUUCGCAGCAGUAUUCAAUUCUAUUUAAACAACUGGGAGUCAACACAGUGCAUAAAUGUUAUAAAUGUAACAUCUGUGGGAAAAUCUUCCUCCACAGUUCUUCCCUGAGUAAACAUCAAAGAAUCCAUACUGGAGAGAAGCUCUAUAAAUGUAAGGAAUGUAGAAAAGCUUUCAGCCAAAGCUCUUCCCUAACUCAGCACCUGAGAGUUCAUACUGGAGAGAAACCUUACGUGUGUAGUGAAUGUGGGAAAGCCUUCAGUUUCACCACAUCUCUUAUUGGACACCAGAGGAUGCAUACUGGAGAGAGACCCUAUAAAUGUAAGGAAUGUGGGAAAACUUUUAAAGGCAGUUCAUCCCUUAAUAAUCACCAGCGAAUUCAUACUGGAGAAAAGCCCUAUAAGUGUACUGAAUGUGGAAGAGCCUUUAGUCAGUGCUCAUCUCUCAUUCAGCAUCAUAGAAUUCAUACUGGAGAGAAACCAUAUGAAUGUAGUCAGUGUGGGAAAGCCUUUACUUCCAUAUCACGGCUAAGUAGACACCAUCGAAUUCAUACUGGAGAGAAGCCCUUUCAUUGCAAUGAGUGUGGGAAAGUAUUCAGUUAUCACUCAGCCCUUAUUAUACAUCAGAGAAUUCACACUGGUGAGAAACCGUAUGCAUGUAAAGAAUGUGGUAAAGCCUUCAGCCAAAGCUCAGCUCUUAUACAGCAUCAAAGAAUUCACACUGGAGAAAAACCCUACAAAUGUAAUGAAUGUGGGAAAGCCUUCUCCUGGAUUUCACGGCUUAAUAUACAUCACAGAACUCACACUGGAGAGAAACCAUAUAAUUGUAAAGAAUGUGGAAAAGCCUUUAGUUCCCACUCAGGAGUUAAUACUCAUCGAAAAAUUCAUACUGGAGAGAAACCUUAUAAAUGUCAUGACUGUGAAAAAGCCUUCAACCAAAGCUCGGCUCUAAUUCAGCACCAGAGAAUUCAUACUGGAGAGAAACCAUUUAAUUGUAGAGUAUGUGGGAAAGCCUUCAGACAGAGUUCAUCUCUUAUGACACAUAUGAGAAUUCAUACGGGAGAAAAGCCUUAUAAAUGUAAAGAAUGUGGGAAAGCUUUUAGUCAGAGCUCAUCUCUUACUAAUCAUCAGAGGACUCAUGCAGCACCGCCCGCACUGGGUGGAGAACACCUGCCUCACCUGUCGCGGGUGCCCUCCCUAGCGCUGCAGCCCCGCGCGGAAAGCAAGACGCCAGAGCAAGGAUCCCGGCUCGUCUCGGACGUCCCGUUUGGGGCUGAGACGCUCCCGGUUGCCUUUUCCGGCCGCGGUCGGAGCCCUCGCGUCUCUCCGAGUGAGUGGGGCGGCGCGCGGAGCCUCGGCGGGGCGGCGGCGGUGGGUCCCGAGGCACCGGUCCGCGCGCGGCCUGGGCCGCCUGGCUCUGUGCGGCGGCGCGCUGACACUGGGAGGGAGCGCCCUUACCAGACCUACCUUGUCAGCACUCUGCUCUUGCUUGACAGGAAAACUAAGAAGGAAGAAAUGGCUGUGGAUUUGCUGCCUGCUCAGAUGAUGGAGUCUGUGACAUUCAGGGAUGUGGCUGUGUUCUUCAGCCAGGAUGAGUGGUUGCAACUGGACACUGCCCAGAGAACCUUGUACCGGGAGGUGAUGCUCGAAAACUACAGCAACCUGGUCUCACUGGGGAUUUCAUUUUCAAUGCCAAAGGUGAUCUGCUGGUUGCAACAAGGAGAAGAUCCCUGCAUAGAGGAAGAAGUCCCUCCAGACAGCUGUCUAGGUUUCAAGACUUGGCCUGAAAUAGAAACAUUGCCUCCCAGACAGGACAUUUUUAUAGAAGAAACAUCUCAGGGAAUAAUAAAGAAAAAAUCUAUUAAGUAUGGCCACUGGGACAUCAACUUUGGAGAAGCUGUGGAAUUUGAGAGCAGGAUAGAACAGGAGCAAGAGAAGAAACCUCUUAGGCAGAUGGUAGCCUCACAUGAGAAAACCAUCAGUGGAGGUGAAAACCAUGCAAAUCUUGAAUUGGGGAAAGGCUUAUUCAUAAAUACAAUUCUUGUUAAACAACAGAGUGUUCCUAUAGAAAACAUACCCAAUAUGUAUUAUAGUUUGGGGAAAGAUUUUAAGCAGAAUUUUGAUCUAAUGAGAUGCUUCCCAACUUACCUAGGAGAAAAACCUCAUAUCUGUAAUGAAUGUGGGAAGAGCUUCAACCAGAGUAUUUACCUUAUUGAACACCAGAGAAUUCAUACUGGUGAGAAACCCUACAAGUGUAAUGAGUGUGGGAAAACCUUCAGCCACAGAUCAUCCCUUCUUGCCCAUCAGAGAAUUCAUACUGGAGAGAAACCUUACAAAUGUAAUGAAUGUGAGAAAGCAUUUAGCAGCAGUUCAACGCUUAUCAAACAUCUGCGAGUGCAUACUGGAGAGAAACCCUAUCGAUGCAGAGAAUGUGGUAAAGCCUUUAGCCAGUGUUCAACCCUCACUGUACAUCAGAGAAUUCAUACUGGAGAGAAACUCUAUAAAUGUGGUGAAUGUGAUAAGGCCUUCAAUUGUAGAGCAAAACUUCAUAGACAUCAAAGAAUCCAUACAGGUGAGAAACCCUAUAAAUGUAAUGAAUGUGGGAAAGGUUACAGCCAGUUUACAUCCCUAGCUGAGCAUCAGAGACUUCAUACUGGAGAACAACUGUGUAAAUGUUUGGAAUGUGGGAGAACUUUCACACGCAUAUCAACCCUUAUUGAACAUCAGCGAAUACAUACUGGACAAAAACCCUACCAAUGUAAUGAAUGUGGGAAAACCUUCAACCAGUAUUCAUCCUUUAAUGAGCAUCGGAAAAUUCAUACUGGUGAAAAACUUUAUACAUGUGGAGAAUGUGGGAAAGCCUUUGGUUGCAAAUCCAACCUUUAUAGGCAUCAGAGAAUUCACACUGGAGAGAAGCCCUAUCAGUGUAAUCAGUGUGGAAAAGCUUUCAGCCAGUAUUCAUUCCUAACUGAACAUGAGAGAAUCCAUACUGGAGAGAAACUCUAUAAAUGUAUGGAAUGUGGGAAAGCCUACAGUUACAGAUCAAACCUUUGCAGACACAAAAAAGUUCACAAUAAAGAAAAACUCUAUAAAUGGAAGGAAUAUGGGAAACCUUUCAUCUACAGCUCCUCUCUUACUCAGUAUCAGAGAUUUCUGAGAGGAGAUAAGCCCCCUGAGGUUUAAUUAAUCUCUCAAAUAAGCCAAGACUUCUCACUGGAGAAUAAGCAGGAUAAUAGUAAGUGGGACAUAAACAUAUUAAUAGGCUAAGUCUUUUUUCUUCUGUAGGAAAUAUGCUAGUUAGCACUAAGUAAUGGUAAAACUGAUCAGUGAAAAUAUGAAUAGCACUGACUUGUCAAAUUUGAGAACCAUAAAUUCUAAGGUUUCUAAAAAUCUGUAAAUUUUUUUAAAUCACAGAAAAAAAUGUA